AGGACCUCAGACAGACAUUUUAGAAGUAAAUGACGUUCUGCAGUAUGUACCAGUCGGGAAAUAUAAUCAUGAUUAAGUUGCUCACAGUACUCUAGAAUGUUGACCGAGUUGUCUUGUGAGCACCAAAUUGUCUCAACAUUCGCAAAUGUAGCUAGCGAAAGAAAAAUAGUGCCGGGCUCCUGCGGCCGUCAAAGUAAGUGGGUAGGAGCGAGGCAGCAAAAUAUGGGUGCCUAGAGCUCGUGAAAGAUUGUGUUGCUGCUAGACACCACGACAACGCCCUCUACUUAUGACUUUUCGCCGAGGACGAGCAGAAGCAUGAUGGGCCAGAAUUCGAACCCAAAUCCGCAAGACGCCUCGGCAGCUGCCAGGAUAGGGAUGCUACAGCAGGACUUCGGCCAGCAAGGACCCCAAGAGCAGCAGCAAUAUCAAGCAGGAUUUGAUGGCACGAACCCACAGGAGCUGCUGCGCCAGCAUCAGCAGCCUAACCCAGCUACCGCCUUGCUGACUGGCACAAGUUCAUCCGCAGCCUCUAGCUCUUCGGCUGCAUUGAACAUCAUUCCAGGUUUGAAGCGUACCUGGUCUGAUGCACAUCAUGCGGUCGGGGACAGCGUCAACACGUCUCGAACCGCGGGAUACGAACAGAACACCGGCACAGGAGAUCCUGCUGAGCUCAACAUGGACAAUUCCUUCCGCGCCGUCCGGAUAGUGCCUGCCGUGACGGGUUCAUCAACAUCUGUUGGUAAUAGGAAUCACACAAUAAACGGCCACCCGCCCGGCGGGAUCAGCAAUGCGCUUGCCCCAGCUGGAAGCAGUACCAGCAACCAUAUGGGUAGUUUCCAGCAACACCAGUCACUCGGCGGUGGUUCCAGUUCCAGUUCCUCCUCCCACCAAAGCCACAAAGACGACCCAGUGUACUACUUUCGCGAAGACAAGCGGCAGCGGAUUGCGACGACGAAGGAAAAUUUCAAUCCACAAAAUAUCCUGAGUAAAAACCUACCCACACCAGAGUCAGGAUGGGGAUUUUGCAACACAAACCUGGGAGUUUUGUGAGUCACGCAUGACAAGUUGCGCUCUGCAGUGUAGUGCAGGUUAGCAAGUGCAGCCGCAUCACAGAUUCAUCUGCUCAUCCUGUUCACAGCAUCGCAAAUUCCAAAACACGAUUGGAAAUGGCUCUCAUGCGGAUGCGCAUUACAAGUCUUCCUGUCUUUGCAAAUCUGCAUUACAACUCUGGUGUGGGUACGUUUUUACUCAGGAUACAAAACCCCACCGCACCGCAGUACAUCUCCGUGCUAUCCUGUGCAAAAGUAUCGUACUCGUAUAAAUGCCAGACUAGCAUGACAAAUCUGGUUUCUUAGGUAAUUUAGCAUGACAAAUUCAAUUUUUCAUGCUAAGGAAAUUUGUAAGUAAUGCAUUUAUACGAGUACGAUACUUUUGCAGUUCAUACGUGCACAAUCAGAACAACUUGCCGCUCCACCUACCGGAGAUAAACAGUCGCAAUUUCGUGCCCGGCGCCUGCGACGAUUUGAUACCUUUCGGCGGUGGAGACCUGGCGCAGGAGGCGUCGCUGUUGGACGGCAGCGGGCUGCAAUUGGGAGGUCCUGGGGCUAUUUCGUCGGCGCUGAACAGUUCUGGAUUUGGGAGCGCGGUACAUUCGAGCGGCAUGUUGUCCCCCAUUCCGCACAUUCCGGAACCGAAUUCCUUCCACUACUACAACACGGAUCCGAGCAGAAGUCGCAUCUCAGGUGCUGCGGCGGGAGGUGGAUCUUCAACACCCGCUGCUGUUCAGGGGGGUAGUGCAAGUAGCAGUUCGUCGCAGCAGAAAGUCUCCUCGACGACGGUAGUAGGUGCGGCCACGACAGGGGAUGCUGCUCUUCACGCGCAGAGUGAUGGUAGCUCUUCUCGCAGCCACGAUUUCCAUCCCCCCGGCCGCGUGGUGUCGAACUUCGAAAGACUCGCUGGGCCCUCCUCUUCCUCCACCGCCGCCCCGAAUGUUGGUGUAGGGCAACAUCUUGCAGGAACUGCAUCAGCAGUUCCAGUUGCAUCAAGUCAAGGAACUGCUCAUGAAAUAAAUGUCGAGCAGAAUAACUACUACAGCGACAUCAACCGCACACUACACGAGUUGCACUUUGGAGCUUCAUCAAGUAACAACCCGAUUGGUAAUUCUAACCAGCAAGCGGGAGGCAGCAGCAGCAGUACCAGUCGCGCGAAUGGGGGGACAACGAUGAUGAACCACUUCAGUGAUAUGAACAACUACUCUUCCAUGCACCUCGAUGCGGAUGACGAGCAGUCGCCCUUUUUUUCAUCAGCCUCCAACAUGAACCAAAACAACCUUUCCAACCACAGUUUUUCACCCCUCGGAAGCAGCGACAACAGCAGCAGAAUUUUUCAGAGAGGUGGAAGCAGGACAACUGGGAUGAUGAAGGGAGUGCAGGGAUUCAAUAUGGAUGGUUCUCAAGGGCUGCAGCAGAGGACGCCGACGUCAUCGGGUUAUAACAAUCACCCACGCGACGCCGGCCACCGCCGCAUGAGCUCUGCCGGAAAUUUUUACAUGCCGACUGCCUCUUCUCCUUCCAAUAGCACGCGCGCGAACCCAAAUUACAACCUGACGAAUUUCCAGCCCUCGGAAGUGGUUCAGUGUUCCCACGGGCCACUAGGCUCCUGCUUGCAGUGUAUCAACUUCACGGGAGGCGGUGCAGGCACUAGAAGCUCUACUGGAAGUAGUACCCCGGCUUUAUCCUCCAAAGUCGUCCAAGUUCCCUACGCUCUUUUUCUGGCGUACGGGCACGUGUUUCAGUCCCUGGCGCUCCCCCGGCCGAUGAAAAACGAGUUGAAUUCUAAUUCCUCUUCGAGCAGUUUUCUGUCUUUCAGCAACCCGGGUGGAAAUAACCAAUCGUUCGGGCACUGGGCAGCUGCAGCUCCCUCCGUAGGAGGUGGUGCAUCAUCUUCCACCACCGUGAACCACCGCGCGCUGGUUGCGGGCGAAGUGAUUUUUGCUUCCUUCGUGCAGAUGUGCGCUGCGAUUUUGCCGGAACGGGUCAGAGUGACGAGCAAAAGCUUGCUGCAGCAGGGCGGAAAUAUUAAUUUGAGUAGUACCGCCCUUCACCAAGAGCAGAAUAACUACUUCUACUCCACCCAGGCGGGACAAAUUUCAGGUGGUUCGCACGGCCGCAGAAGCUCCUUGUCGGGCAACCCGAUGGGCAGUACGGUACAGUCUUCAGGGAUGAUCGGAUCAUCCUCCACGGCGCAUCAGCAACAUCCUGCCGCGAGUCGCCACGAUAACGUCGCGGUCCUUGGGCUUGGCGCGGGGGUGAUAAUUGCAAGAGAAGGAGGAGGCACAGGCAGUUUGAUUUCCCUUCCAUCAUCCUCUUCGACGAUAAUUCAGGAUCACGACCAGCAGCAGCUUCAUGGUCGUGUAUCCACGACUUCUCCAACAAGCAACAUGCUAAGUAGCCCGCACAAUUUCAAUUCCUCAGCAACUUCCUUCACCUUUCACAACCGCAGCGGAACUGCAUUCAUGGGAAAUGCAAAUGACAACGUGGCCUCCAGCAACACUGUUUUCCACCCUAACAGCCGAAAAGUACCGAAAUUCGUCGACCUAGGAUCCGGCCUUGGGAAGGCGGUGGUGAUGUGGGCCCUGCUGUUCGGAAGAAACGAAAGUUUGCUGAAUUCCACAUCCAAUUAUGGGGGGAACAAUGCAGGAGCCCCCGAAUCCGAUUCCGAGCAACCGGAGGAGGAGCCGAUGGAUGUGAGUGCCGUAAACAACAACCUCAUGAUGGGCGGAAGUCAGCACUUCAACACCCAAGCAGGACAAGGAAUACAAUUGCAGCAACCACAAUCGGUUGUUCAUCCCCACCACCAACCACCGCUCGAAAUUUGUUCCGUCGGGAUUGAAAUCCGGGAGACCGCGCACCAAAUUAUCGAGGAGAAGGUGAUCCCCCAGUUACCGAAAAAAAUCCGAAACCAGUGCAAGUUUUUGAACGGAGACUUUUUCAACCUCGAAAUCGGAAAGGACGCGGACGUGGUACUGGUGAACGCCACUGGAUUGGAUGCGGACAUUUUUUCCAAGUUGGUGGAGAAACUGGCGACGGAACUCCGUCCCGGCGCGCGGGUCAUGAGUUUGUCGUUGGAAUUCCCGACGAACCGGUCGUUUCGUCCGUUUCACGGACAGGGCAGGAGUGGGUUCCUGUCCGGUGGUGACUCAUCGUCUGGGAGUGGUGCAACAUCUUCCCACAGUCGGGUGUUCCGGAUGUCCUGGGGAAAUUGUACCGUGUAUUUUCACGAACGGAUAUGAAGCUAGUGAAGAUGCCGGUUGAUGUUGAGUAUGGAUGAACAAGGGCGAGAUGUGAUGUAUUAGUUUUCAUUCACGACAGCACACCGGAUUUUCAUAGUAGACUGGAUUUUUUUUGUAUGCGGGGGUAUCUAUUUUCGAUUUCGACGAGAACGACCAGGGUAAAACGUAUACUGAAUGUCAUUUCGUUUCUUUCUCCGACAUGCUGAACCUUAUCCGGCGCUUCAGAAAUGCGUGGAACAUUGGCGCAGUCUUUUUGCAUACUGUUGAAGAUUGUAGUUUUCCUGGUCUUACUUCAUCAUGGGUUAAUUAAUUCGCAUUCACGCCCCAGUAUCAGACAUUUUGCGACAAGACGGUCACUUCAAGAAUAUGAACAUCCAAUGUUUUCUCAACGACACGACACUAUACGCUUUAGGUGCGACGAAUCACGCCACAUCAAGGCGGUGGCGGGUGCGGA